AAAAACGUGCAUUGAAGAAGAAAGCAAGAUUUUUAAAUUUUAUUUUUGUAUAUUAAAUGCAUAUAUUAAAGUGUGUAUACCUUGAGCAGAUAUUAAAGCACUUUCUAAUUUGAUAGUUAAGUGUUACGGCACCUAAAAUGAGUCAAAUAUUGAAUAGAUUAAGUGAAAUGGACCCAAACAAUAACGAAGCUGUUAAAGAAAGUGUCGGUGUUUUCUUCCAAAAUUUAUCAAAGCAUGUAGACCAAGACAGCAAUAAAUGGCUUCGAGCCUUGGAAGACGUGAUCAACCGUUUCCCCAAGUACUGCAUCAAUCAUCGAACAACAUUUGAAUCAUAUUUGAUUAAUUUUAUUGAUUCUCAUAACAAUAGCAAUGUAAUUGCUGCAGCGAAAUGUGCUCAUCUAUUACAACAGAUAAAAACUACAAAUCCAAAGUUGGGAUGGAGACGUCAUAUGAUUCUGCUUAGUUAUUCAGCUAAUAAGCUGAUGGGUAAAAUAUAUUCCACCAUCACUAGUACAUUGAAAGAUGAUGUUAUGAGUGAUAUUCAAUCAAAUAUGUCUCCGCUAGUUGAAAAAUUGCUAAAUGUGACCAAAGUGCCAAAAAAUACAGAAAGGACUAAAAUAUUAAAUAACAGAUUAAAAAAUAUUUUCAUUUUCAUACAGGCUAUGCUUGUGGAAAUAUAUCCAACAGCGAAACCAAUCCAGCCGCAGAUGAUUCUAGAUUUAAUCGUGCAAAUAUUGAGUAUAGCGCGUGUAACUAGUGACACUAUGGAGGAUCUUGUUGCUAUGAAAACGCAAGCACUGCGCACAUUGGAUGCACUUAUAGCUUGCCUAGGACCCAAUCUGAUACCAUAUUCUCCACUGGUAUUCAGGCUGGUGAUGCAAACGUUGAGAUGGAGUUCCGAUAAUCCUAAUGAUCAUACCAAAACUGUCCGUCGUCACGCAUACACGACCUUACGGCAAUGGCUCACAGUGUUGCAUGUAUACAAAAUGUCGGAAAGUCGCAGCUCAUUGGAGGACGAGUUGACCACACACAUCAUUAAUGAUAUAACGCCGCCUAAAAAAGUUGUUGAACUUACUAUGGGUCCACAACCAACGAGAAAUAUGAGUAAAAAGGCGCAGAAAAAGCUGAAAGCCAGACAAAUUAACGAGAGUGGACUGGCAGCGCAUAUGCCGGGAAAAAAUAAGAUAUCUAAAUCGGAAGUAAUGAACAACGAAGUAGCAAUGGCGGCGUUGGAUUGUGCGGAAGCAUUGUUCAUUGUUGGCGGGAUAUUUUUGAAAUCAAUCACACAUAAGAUGUUCCAAGAGCGUCUAAUCCGCGAAUGUUUCAACAUACAAGCGUAUAGCGAAGCUCACAGUGUAGCGCUAUUGAGAACGUUAGAAGCGGUUAGGAAAUGUAGUCCACAUUCUGUGCCUCCACCUACGCAAUAUUGCCUACAAUUGUAUGCCACGUUGGUUAAUAGCGGACAACAUGAGAUCGCGACAUUCUGUUCAAGAGCAUUAUUGGAUAUAAGAUUGCAUUUACAUUGUUCCCCGCCAUCUCUCAACUUUGCGCUGACCGUCGCACCUGAAAAAGCAAUGGAUAAGAAAAAACGGGUUUCUGAAAAGAAUCGAGCCGUUUUGGAAUCACUGUUAGGAAAAGACAAGAUGCCGCCCACUGAUUUAGAGGACAUUAUUACAAUAGCUGACGAACCAGCGAAGAAAAAGGCGAGAUUAGAUGAAGACGCGGAUAAAAUAAGUCUUAGUAGUGAGAACAUGAGUUCUGUAGAAAUAAGUGACGAUUCUGGUACCGAAGAUGUACAGGAAGUUAAUCAAAAUGAAAGGUCUAAUUCCGGAGCAGCUUCUAUACAAGAAAUUGAUAAUGAAAGUCAAUCUACUCAAGAACACGAUUCCAAUAAAGUGUCGGAAAUGAUUGUAACUUGCCAAGACGAUGAACAAACUCUAUGCUUUGAAGAUAUUCCUAACAAAAGUACUGAAGAAGGAAACAUAACUGAGACAAAUAUUAUUAUAACUAAAGAAAAUUCAGACAUAUCUUUAUACAACGCUCCCACACAAGUGCCAUUAAAUGAUUCAGUUGACACUUUAGACGGUGAAGACAGACAUUCCUUAGAAGUUACUUAUGAUUAUCCAAAUACAGGUAGUGAAGAAGUAAAAGUGCUAGACAAAAUUGAUGACGCUAAUCUACCAAGCACCAAUGAAACAGAUGACAUUCAAAUAACUUGCGGGCAAGUUAUCCGAAACUCUCAAGAUAUUGAUGGAGAGAGAAAAUCUGGGGAAAUAGAACUAGACAAGACACCAAAGGUCAAUGGUAUUGAACAUAAAGAAACUACAGAUAUUAAUGUAGAAAUGACGGUUACGGAAUGUGAUUCUACACAAGUAGCAAAAAAGAAUGUUCUAUCCGUAGAAGAUAUGAUGGCUGAUUUUGUAGACGAAGUAAAUGAUGACGCCUAAAAAUUAAUUUUUGUUAUGUAAUUUUGUAUGUGUUUUAGAUUAAUAAAUUGCAUUUAAUCAUUAAA